AUGGUGUCAGAAGUAAACACGGACACUUUUGAUCCUAUUCCCGCCAACGGACAUACGUGCAUCAUGUCGGAUGGAUUUCGCAGACCAGACCCCCUCGUCUUUGAUGAGAACAUCGCGGAGAAUUGGCGAGUGUUUGAACAGGAAUAUGACAUUUUUAUCGCGGCGGCACACUCUGACAAGUCGGCCCGCACACAAGCCUACAUUCUCCUCAAUCUAGCAGGAUCGGAGGCCAUUGAAAGGGAGAGGUCGUUCGUCUACACGCCCGCGGUGAGAGGACCCGACGUCGACGACGCACCGGGACACAUCAUCACUCCUGCAGAGUCAAAAGAGGACCCUGAAUGCUUGAAGAGGAAAUUCCGGGCAAUCUGCAGUCCCCGAAUAAACAUUAUAGUGGAGAGACACAAGUUCAAUGCACGGUUCCAAAACCAAGGUGAGACAUUCGAAUCAUAUGUCACAGAUCUAAAGAUAAAAGCAAAGAGCUGUAACUUUGGACCACUGCAAGACGAGCUCAUCCGUGACAGAUUGGUUUGUGGCAUAAAUGAUGACAAUCUGAGAAAAAUAAUGCUGCGUGACAGUGAGCUGACUCUAGCUAAAGCAAUCUCUGUGUGUCAAAUUUAUGAGCAAACAGAACAACACACCAGGGUAUUGUCUACACCGCAUACUCCCACUAGUGUUGACAGUCUGCAGUACAAAUGUGGCAGGAAGCAGAGAUUUGAGCCACGACAGAGGGCGCAGACAGGGAGAAACGGUCAGCCCAUUGUCAACUGUAACAAUUGUGGUGGCAGCCAUGAUGCCAAGAAGGAAAGUUGUCCAGCUUUUGGUCAACAAUGCCACGCAUGCAAAAAAUGGAACCACUACAAGAAAUGCUGCAGGUCAGUGCAGAGAUACCCUAGGAUGCAGGGCUCCAGGGAGUCCGUCCACCACCUCGAACUGAACCAAGCCACGGGCAGCACUGCUGAAGAUGACUCAUUCUGUAUUGAUGGGAUAGCACCAGUCGUCGUACACACAAUAUGCUCAAAUGUGCAAGAAAAGAAUGUAGCGUUCGCCACCAUGCACAUCAACGGCAAAGCUGUCGAGAUGAAAGUCGACACGGGUGGACAGUGCAACGUUCUAUCAUAUGAUGCUUUCAAACAUGUGGAGAGCGGAGAACAGAUUGACCGCUCGAUAAUCACCAACCUUGUCGCAUAUGGGGGAAACAUGAUCAGCACCUUGGGCUCAGUCGUCUUACAAUGUCAGCUUGCAGGUCAGCAGUAUACACUACAGUUCCACAUUGUGGAGAGGAAUGUCCAGCCACUACUAGGCCUACCAGCAAGCCUGCACAUGAAUCUAGUGAAACUGAGCAAGGAUGUUCACCAACUCAGUGUGAACACAGAGGCCAACCUGCCGCACAAGAUCUUCACAGAAGAUGAGCUCACCAUCGAGGAGGGUGUCGUCAUGAAAGCUGGGCUCACCUGCACAGAGACUAAUGUCAAGGCAGACCCGUACCACCCUCCCAGUCAGCAGACAGCUAUUGCAACCAGCAUCCCUCAACACCAAACAAGUCACAGCCCAGCUCCAGAAGAAGAGGCUCUCCCAGAAGCUGAGCUAUGA